CCCCCCCCCUCCUCUAUUACUCCCCUUCCUAGGCACUUACAUGUCUAACCGUGCUCGUUAGAACUUAUCAACACACUCACUUUUAGUCCCUCCCCUGCUCUCUCCCACACACGGCGCCUCUUGUCAGGGCAAUCGUGGGACACCAUACGCGGCAACUCGGUAAGCUAUUCCACGGGCCCCCGUCCCCCAGCUUGGCCUCGGUGCUACGGGCGACACACUUGUAUGGAAUCGACGGCACCCAGCUCAGUUCUCAUCUAAACCCGCAUUCUGCCUGCGAGACCAGCACCUGGGGUCGGCCGUCUUAUGGAUGCAGAAUUCCAUUAUUUGCCUCGAUUAGCCUGCGGUAACCUUUUCGGCGUUCCUCGGUGUCACCUUGGAUGCGCCGCCUUUUAAUCACCCACCAUGGCGCAGAAGUCAAGCGACCCCGAUGACCAGCCAAAUCCUGCCCCCCAUAAAGAAUUCCCAGACUCGGGAUCCGCCCAGAAGUCAUCAUCUCAUAUGUCCGCAUCCGCACCUGCACCUCAUAAAUCAACCAACUCUAGAGCCCCCGGGGAAAAUGCUGCCGACUCCCAACCUAUGGCUAAGUCAACAUCUUCGGGCUCCAAUCCAUCGGCCAAGGAGGCCGCGGCAGGCCCGUCUCCCUAUGGCACGCGUUCCCGCAACCGUGGCCAGGCGCGGCCCAACUACGCGGAGGACAAAGAUGGGGAUGUGGACAUGUACGACGCCUUUCUAGACAAGAAAGACGACGAACCGAAAAAAUCAUCACGACAGGUCGGCACCUCAGCAAAUGGCGCAGGGGAUGCAUCGAGAGCUACGGCCUCGGCGUCGCGCAAAGGUGCAGCGGUGGCAGCAUCAGUAGCGUCCGCGCCCGAGGAUGGCAAGGGUGGCGGUAGCUCGCACGCAGCGACUAAGGAUUCGCACGCAGCGAGCAACGCGACCUCGAACGCCGCGUCUACCUCCACCACCUCCACCACUUCUAAGAAGCGAAAGGCACCCACGCAAUCCACCGCCAGCAACGCGCACCACCGCGCCAAUACGCCGGUACCGUCCGGCCCUGCUGCGACGGGGACGAGACGAGGUGCCUCGCACACGACAGCAGCGGUCUCGGCGGGAACAACCACGGCGACGACCAGCAUGGCCCCGAGCAACGGGGGGUAUAAGAUGUCGAACAUGCUAAGCUUUGAGAAAUGCGGUGCGAUCCCAAGGGAUGGGAAGAUGGUAGCAGACGAUGGCACCGUGCUACAAGCAAAUGAUCACGUGUACCUGGUGUGCGAGCCGCCAGGAGAGCCGUAUUACCUGGGCCGGAUCAUGGAGUUCCUCCAUGUGCAGAACGACGCUGCAAAGGCGGUGGAUGCGUUGCGAAUCAAUUGGUACUAUCGGCCCAAGGACAUCGGCAAGAAGAUGAACGACACGAGACUGGUGUUCGCCACCAUGCAUUCGGACAUUAGCCCGUUGACCUCGCUGCGCGGCAAAUGCGAGAUCCGCCACAAGGCCGAAAUCGAGGACAUGGACGCGUACCGAAAAAGCCCCGACUGCUUCUGGUACGAGAAGCUCUACGACCGCUACAUCCAGAAGAACUACGAUGUCGUCCCGUGCUCCCAGAUCGUGAACGUGCCGGAGCGGGUGAAGAGGGUGCUGGACGAGCGAUGGAAAUACAUCCUGGUGGAACAGGGUCGGUCCAAGGAGUUUACGAGCGCCGUCAAAUUGUGUAAGAGAUGCGGCGGGUACUGCGCCAGCAACGACUCCGUCGACUGCGCCGUCUGCCAGCACACGUAUCACAUGAACUGCGUCCGGCCGCCUCUGCUGAAGAAACCGUCACGUGGCUUCGCCUGGGCCUGCGCCGCGUGCAGCCGUGCCCAGGAGAGGAAGCUGGAGGCCCGGCACACCCCGAGCCUGCUGGGUUCGAACGCGGAGGCCGAGGAGGAGGAGUUCUGGGACGACGACGACGACGCUCUCGAUACUAACCGCACGAGUCCGGCCGACGGUAUCGACGACUCGCAUCAGCCCGCGACCGCCGAGCAGAUAUACCAUGCGAGCCUGUGGCCCUACCGGUACCUGGGCCAGCACUGCAAGCCGGAGGACGCAUUGGACUACGACGACAGGAUCUAUCCACGCGCCGGCUCUCGCCUGGGACCCAAGCACCAAGCCACCGUUCUCCCUUGGCCCGGACGUCCGGUCAAGCUAGUAAAGCCGCUGGAGAUCAAGAAGUCGGGCAAGAAGGAUGGCAAGCAAUCGAAGGAGGUUCAGGCCGCCCUCGAAGCCGAGAAAGCCGCCCGGGAAAAGCGCCCGAGGUGGGUGCAGGACGAACCUCCGGGGUAUGUGGCGAGGGGCGAGGAUUUCGGCAACGACGACCCGAAUAAUACCGCACAACUACUAUGGAAACCGCUCGACCAAGCGAACACCUCCUUGACCGAAUCCCAGCUCGACGAUUAUAUGGCGAACGCCAGGCUGAAGCUCGCUCUGGCAUUUAACCUGUCCAAGGAAUCGACCAAUCUCAAGGACGCGGCCAUAAACACGCUUUUCAAGACCGACUACGACCCGGUUAAGAGCCUGAAGAUCCUUUCCCGGGCCGACAAGUCGAUCUUCAAGGAGCCAGAGCUUAGCGCCGCCGAGAUCAAGAAAUUCGAGGAGGGCGUGACCAAAUUUGGCUCCGAGCUACACCCUGUAACCAAGCACGUCAAGACCGUCAAGCAUUCCCGCAUCGUUCGGUUUUAUUACACGUGGAAGAAGACGGACCGGGGCAAGCAGAUAUGGGGCAAUUUCUCCGGCAGAAAGGGGAAAAAGGAAGCGAAGAAGGCGGAGGCGACGGCCAACAAGCUCCAGGACGAUGUGGCUGACGAUCACGACGACUCGGCGUUCGACGCUGGCAAGGCCCUCGAGCGAAAGAGGGGCUUCAUGUGCAAAUUCUGCUCUACGAAAUCCUCACGGCAGUGGCGACGGGCUCCCAACGUCGCGACGGCUCUGGUGACCGAAGGAGGCGGCAAGCACUCGAACAAGGACAAGGGUAUCCAAUACAUAUCCGCAUUGUGCCGACGGUGUGCGGAGCUAUGGCGGCGAUACGCUAUCCAAUGGGAAGACAUCGACGAUCUCGCCAAGAAAGUGGCCGCCGCCGGCGGACGUUCGUGGAAGCGAAAGGUCGACGAGGAGCUGCUCAAGGAGCUCAUAGCCGCCAACGAAAUGAUGAACAUGACAGUGUACAACACCCUGUCGACGACGACUACCCCGGCGACUCAGAGCGCCGCCGCGACACCCGCAGCACACGCCAACGGUACUGAAGCGCCGCCACCGCGCAAGAAGCUCAAGACGGUCGCGGACAAGGACGUCGAGGUCAACAGCUCGGAUGCUGGCAGCGUCUCGAACGUCGCCCCGCCGAAGAAGAAGGAGAAGGCAAUAGUGGAGAAGCCCCCGCCGCCGCCCGCUCCGGAGAUGCCGAAGCCUCGGACCCUACCGUGCGCUAUAUGCCAUCAGAUGGCGCCCCUGGGCGAACAGGCUCACCUCUGCUGCAAAGAGUGCCGGCUCACCGUCCAUCGCAAGUGCUACGGCGUCCUCGAUGCUCGCCUUCCGGGCAAAUGGGCUUGCGACACGUGUCUCAACGACAAGAGCCCCCAAGUUUCCAUUGAAUACAAAUGCGCCUUGUGCCCCGUAGAAUUCACCGAACACGACUUCGUAGAGCCUCCAAAGAAUACGCACAAGAAGAAGACCGAGAAGGAGAAGGAAAAGGAGCGCCUCGACCGUGAGCUCGCCCAGAAGGCCGCGGAUUAUUACCGCAAGAGACAAGAAGAGAUGCACCGCCCGGUGAAUCCUAGAGAGCCUCUAAAAAGAACUACGGAUAAUAACUGGGUCCAUGUCACCUGCGCAGUAUGGACGCCGGAGGUCAAGUUCGGCAACGCCCAAGCCAUGGGCCCUUCGGAAGGCAUCCCGUCUAUACCGCGCAGCCGAUACGAGGAAGUCUGCAAGGCGUGUAGGAAGAAGGGCGGCGCAUGUGUGACCUGCCACCACUGCCGUGCCCCUGUGCACAUAGAAUGCGCCAACCAGAAUGGGUAUCUUCUCGGCUUCGAGAUCACUCCCGUCAAGGGAUCCCGGCGAGAUCAGCACAACAUUGUGACCUUCGCCGGAGAGACAGGGACGAUGUCGGCGGCUGUCUGGUGCAAGGAACACAUCCCAAAGGGUGUGGUUCAUCGCAUGUACGACUUAGUCGCUCAGCCAGACGGCCAGAGCAAGGAUCCUGCUGCGGCUUUGAACGCCUUGCAGUUCUACGUGCAGCAGUACAAGCAAGCCGACCUUGCGCUCACGGGUACCGUUCGUAAGGCCAACCUGUCCCACCUCGCCACCAAGACACCCACGCCGGCCGCCCAGGCCAAUUCGAACCGUAGGCAGUCCACGGUGGCGCCCGGCUCGGCGGCGGCGAGACCAAGAUCGUCUUCGGUCGAUAAUAGUGCCGAAGUAGCCUCCAUCCUCGCUCAGAGCGGCGAUAGGGUUUGCAUCACUUGCGGCAUCGACGUAAGCCCGAAGUGGUGGCCCGUCGGCAAGGACCAAGAAAACCUCUUGAUAAAUGGGUACCGUGGCAGCCUCGGGGUAGAGGCGCAGAAGUUCAUCGCGCAGCGGAGCGCUCAGUGCCACAGAUGUAAGAAAGCUAAACGAAAACCCACAGCCCACGUAUCGCCAACGCCGCCACCGCCGCCGGCGGCCCUACCACCGGUACCCGCAGACGUGUCUCCCAAGGAAGCGCCACGAGCACCACCACCUCCUCCGAUCCCCAACACCGUAACCAAUCAUCCACCGCCGCCACCACCACCACCACCACCACCCCAUAUACCACACCCCGUGGAUAGGCUACCUAAUCUAGGAGGUUCGUGGGGACAGCGCACUCCCACAGCACCAUCAGUCAUAUCUCCGGUUGUCUCGGCGCCUCCAUCGAUCGCUCCACCGCCCUUGCACCCGCCAACGGGAGCCCCCCCUCCGCCGCUACCGCUAGCGACAGCUCACGCUGGGCCGAGCCCGAUGGCUGCUCCGAGCGGGCCACCGCCGGUACCUGCCCACCACUACGCGCCGCCCAGCGCGCCAUACGGGGACUGGCACCGCAGCCCGACACAGCACCCGCCAGUUCUCCACCACAUUAACGGCGGUUCUAACGGGCCGAACCCGAUACAUCAUAAUCACCUUCGCGACCUUCGACCCCCGCCGAUAGCUCCGAUAUCUCACCACCAGGGGCCGCCGCUCCAGCACGGGCUCGGCCAGCCUAUGGUCAACGGCAUCCCGCCAUCGCCGCCUCGACGGGGCCCUCCUCCUGUGCAGAACGGGACUCAGCCGUUCAUGGCACCAUUCCACCACCCCGCGCACAGCCCGCUGCACGCGCUCACGAACGGCAGCCCGCCGCCACCGCGACCUUCGGAGCAUUCCUUCUCUCAGGGUCUGCUCGGGCCGCGCUCACCGUUCCUGAACCCGCACGGAAGCCCGCCGAUCCCGCGCGAGGGUAUCUCGAUGAGCCGCGAACCCAGUCUCAGCAACGGCAGCAACGGCCCGCCUAGGCCCAGCGACAACCGGCCGGCGAGUGGGGCCAGCGCCAACGCAUCACUGCGCAACCUGUUGUCGUGAAGGGGAGGCGUGAUAGUA